CACUUGGUCGCAGUUUGGUGUUGUGUCGUAGCGUGUUAAGUUUUUGGCGCCAUUUUCGGGGACCUCUAGGUUAUUGUAGAAACGUGAAAGUCUGUUACUUUAGCAUUUACUUUUAUGCAUCUCUCUUUUCCACCCUUGAUUUUCACUUGGGUAUUUUGUUUUUGUUGGUGCAUAUCUGAUACAUGGAUCCUCAUGGCUUCUCCAAUCAUUGGGGGUAUCCACCACCACCGGAUUGGUAUUACCCCGAGACUUCCUGGAGCAACCAAGGAGGAGAAGACUAUGGACUCGGGUUUCAGUACCAACCCCCCUACUACGAAGAACAAUCUCCUUAUCAAGAAGAAUUCCUCCCACAACCAGAAGGGCCAUCAGAUCUUGAUUUCGACACAGCCUUCACGGGCCAUCCGGCAGAGCCAUGCUACACUCCACAGCCAGAUCCAAACUAUCACUUGAGGCUUCUCGUGGAGCAGAUUGCUCGAGUACCUGAGAGAUCCUUUCUCGAGAUGGAUCCUCAUAUCCAGGCCAUGGCCCAAACUAACUUCUCCUUUCCCCGUGAAACAGAGGAUACCCUCCGGAGCAUAAAGAAGCACAUAGAGGUCAUUGAGAAAGCUUGUGCAUAGUUUUCUCAAGAUAACCUUUAUGAUGCCAUACAAGUAGAGGAGGAGGAGGAAGAAGAAGGCAAUCAUAAGGAUGUUGAGGAGCACACAAGUAAAGGUAAAUCACCAACAAUAUGAUACAUUCGAGAUUAAAAGAUAAAUACUACGUACUUGGAUGCGUUCUCAACUUCUAUAGAGUAAUCUAAUUCACUAGUUAGGCUCUUCUCAAAUUCAUUAGCAUAGAUGGGAAUGUGUCUUAUUGUUAAUAUUUAUGUUUAUGAACAUAUUAUUAACAUGCUAUAAGAUGCUCUACUUUAAGCAUGAAUUGCAUCUAUUUAUUAACUUAUCUAAAUUCGGUGCAUUCAUAUUCUACAUAGUAUAUGUCGUACUUAAUAGAUUUUUAGUUAUUUUACAAUAUGCGUAAAAAACUUACGCUUUUACG